AGGUUUGGAGGUCAGGUAGUGAGCUUGGCGCAAUGAACAGUUCACCUCACGAUUAUGUACCUCAUUGCUCUCCUGCAGAACAGAUACCGAGUACGAUGAAAGCAGUCGCUGAGAAUCGUCAUUUCAGUUUAGGCGCGAUGGUUUCCCCGAAAUCGGGUCCCGGUAGGCCUUCCGUCCUUCAACAGCAACCCCUUUUCAACACUAACGGUAGUUCAACACGUCUCCCUCCAACUCAGGCCCAACCAAUUCCUGCUUCGUCACAAAUGCCUCCACGUCCUACUCAGGUGCCUCUUUCUGCUCCGCUUCCUCAUCAGUACCAGCAGCAGCAGCAGCAACAGCAGGAACAAUCCGUUUCAAUUGGAAACGCUGAUAUUCCUUCAACUGGUCCUUCUAGUGCUACAAAUGCUAUGUUCCGUGUACAGAUGUGGUCUAAUAAUUUCGAUAGUGGUGUUCAUUCUAUGAACCAUAGUUCAGCACCAUCAGUUCUAUCAGUUAGUUCGCUACGCGCUGGAUCACAAAUCUCGACUAUGUCCGAUGAUGCACAUUCACGGAUUGAGUUAACUGAUCAGCAGCAAAUAAAAUUCGAAAAUAUACCAUCAGAUUUGGGACGUGGCUCACAAGAUGGUGAAACACGGAAUGCAGUUCCAGAGCUUAUACACUUACUUAGUGAUGCUGAUGAGGUGGUAGUACAACGUGCAGCAACAACGAUACAAACUAUCGCUAAGAUUGAUUCCGAAGAACCGCUUUAUGCGGAACCUUAUUUGCGAGCAGUUGAAGUUAUAACUGCUUUGAAAGAUCUGUUGAGAACAAAGUCAAAUAAACCAGCUAUCAUUAAACCAACCCUUGGUGCUUUAUUUCAUAUUUCUGAACGUCGUGAUGGUCUUGAAAGCAUUUUGAAAAUAAAUGACCAAACAAAGGGGUCAUUAUUGGUCGAUAUUAUUCAACAUAUUAAAUUUACCGGUGGUUCAGCCUUGCGUUAUGCAAUCUUGACGUUUCAUACGAUCAUUGCUGUAAAAUCGGCUGAUGGGCACAAUGUCGAAGUAGCUCGAGCCAAUGGUGCCCUUCAGGCUCUGGCUCAAUUUCUCGAUCGUGAAAGCAAUGAAAAGCUCCUUUCAGUAAUCGUUGAAUGUGUGCGAUUACUUUGUGAUAAAAGUCAGUCGCAGAGGGCACUAUUUCUACAAUUAAAUGGGCCAUCCAAACUGCUUCAUAUAUUGCGUGUAUUACGCUAUGAAGGUUUACUCUGGAGAACUACGCAGCUUUUAAAAAUUUUUUCUAAUGCGGAUCCCCAAGCAAUAGUGAAGUGUGGUGGCUAUGAUGUUCUGCAUAAGCAGCUCGAACACGCCAGUCAGCGGUUAAUUAUUUCAACUUUGGAAUGUAUCAGGAAUAUGUCCGAUGUACCCACUAAAGAUAUGGAUGUUUCACCUCUUCUUAAUAAACUUCUACAGCUUUUGGGUGCGAUGGAUCCAAUUGUCAUUUUGUACUGUACUGGAAUUUUAUCGAAUCUGUUAGCCAAUAACCAAAUGAACAAGGAAUUUUUAUUCAGUCGAGGAGCAAUACCAACUUUGUAUCGUGUUUUGAUUAGUUCGUAUAGCAUACCAGCAAGCACUCCAAAUCAACAGCAAAGAGUGGAAGAUAUACAGGAACGUGCGUUAGCAACACUGCGUCAUCUGUGUGUCGGACAUACCCAUCAAGUUGAAGCGCAGAAAGCUGUCCUUCAGCAGCAGUAUGCUGCUGACUUUUUGCUCCGAAAACUUACCGAAAUGAGGCCUUCUAUACUGAAACAGACACUUCAGAUACUGAAUAAAGCAGCUCUGCAAGAUACAAACCUUCCACUGUUUCGUGAAAUUCGUUUGAGGCAAACACCUGAUUGCGAGACAAACUUUGUGGAGCGUAUCACAUUGAUUUUAAAGGUCGCAUGCGAUCAAUUACCAUCGACAAAAAUGGUAGAGGAAGUACGUGUUGCAGAUCUUAUUCAGUUAUCAUUAUCCACUCUUCAACUUCUGUGCCGCGAUUCACUUCUUCUAAAUCAGAUAUCAUUUUGUGUUAGAAGGGCUGAUUUCUUAAUGUUUCGCGAUCGCGAUGGUGAUUGUGCAACAUUGCUACCAGUCUUUUGCUUAUAUCAGAGUUAUGUGAAGGAUGAAAAUUUGGAUAGAAGUGCUCUCGGUCUUAUAUAUGAACUUUCUUCGCAUCCAGAAUUAGCUGCCUUAUAUGCUGCAGAUAAUGGCUUGAUGGCAGCUUUGCAUCAUUAUUCACAAAGUCGAAAUCAACCUUUUGCAACAUAUGCCAAACAGGCUUAUGAGCGCAGUGUCCAAGGCGGGAAUCCAUCCGUUCUUUACCAGAAUUUCCCUUUGUCACCAUCUCAUCGUUUGCUGUUACAUUCGGUGCAGUCCAGUGGACAGCCGAAUAUACCGUACAACGGAUAUUCUUCCCAACAAAUUCAAUAUCCCCAACAAAACUACGGGACCAAUAAUUCCUACAAUACCAUAUCAACAUCUGCAUCAGGGGCGCUUCAUUAUCCUCCUUUGCCACCACAACAAACUGCAUUGUCAACACCCACGCCUUUAACUUCAUAUCCUAAUUUGGAGGGCCCUGGCGUUCAUAUGCAAUCUCAGACUUUGUCACCUCCUCAACAGCAAGUACCAUCUGAUAAUCAGACAAGUCCUGUCAUGUAUGGCCGUGAAGGUCCAUCGCAAAACACCGUCAACACGUCAAGUAACAUGGAGUAUUCUUCAGAAGUGUGGCCUGAGGAUCUUUCUGGACUCUCAAUAAAUGAUGAUCCAUUCGCAACAAUGUUCACACAACAGUUUGAUUUACCUCAGCAAAGACAUCACUUGCGAUCAGCAUAUCCCUCUGUUCGAGGAGAGCACAGUGGGACCUCGUUAAAUGCUUACUGUUGUCCUGGACCACCGAAUAUUAACACUACCGAUCAACCGAUGGAAAAUGUUCAUAUGGGUAGUCCCGAUGCUUCGGCUUCUUGGAAUGAAUCAACAAAUAACAGCAAUUUCGGUGAUUUCCAGAUGUAGCAUAUCUUCGAGUGCCAUAACAGUUGUAAAUAAAUAACUGAUUACACGAAGUUUAAUGCUUGGAUUAAGGCAUGCAAUUUAUUUGCUAAUCAGAUCUUCAUUAUAUAUACUGCUUAGCAACUAAGCCAUUGUAGUUAUAUCACAAUUUGUUCAGUUUUCCUUCUUUUCGGUGGCCUAUGCGUUUGGAAAUGGA